ACGCAGCCAAUUAUCUGAAGACCUACCGGCAUCAGUCGAAUGUGAACACAUGUUUGUAUUUACUAAUAAACCUGUGCAUACCGGUCCAUCACACGUUUUUACUUUUGUAUUUCUAACUUUAAAACCAAUAUUUUAAUCAUGGGCAGAAAAGAGAAAAACAAGAAAAAAGGUAAGGGAGCUGAGAAAACACUGAUGAAGACGGAUAAAAAGCUGUCUGCUAAACAAAAGAAAUUAAUUGCUAAGCUAGGAGAGGACGAUAUAGAGACUAUUGUAGCGAAAUAUGAAACGAAGGAAACGAAAUCUAGUGAUCUCACCGAGAUUCCGUGUGCUCCACCAUCAGCUCGAGUGAAUUUUUCCAUUUGUUCUCACCCGGAUAAGGAGGAAAUCUUCAUUUGCGGAGGUGAAUUUUUCAACGGGCAAAAAACAAUCGUGUAUGGAGAUUUCUACUGUUAUAACGUAACAAAAAAUGAAUGGAAGACAUUGAAAUCAUCUAUCUGCCCGGCUCCUCGUAGUGGCCAUCAAAUGGUUUCCGUAAGUACGGAUGGUGGACAAAUAUGGCUCUUCGGUGGAGAAUUUGCGUCCCCUUCACAGCUGCAGUUUUAUCAUUACAAGGAUUUAUGGGUAUAUCGCAUUGGUCAAAAACAAUGGGAGAAAAUCAAUGCCACCAAUGGACCGAGUGCAAGAAGUGGCCACCGGAUGGUUAUUGCCAAGAAAACUUUGUUUGUGUUCGGUGGUUUUCACGAUAAUAACAGCUCGUAUAGAUAUUUCAACGAUUUGUUUGCAUUUUCAUUGGAAAACUAUACAUGGACUAAAAUAGAGGCAGCGGGUGUGGCGCCAGCUCCCAGAUCGGGAUGUAAUAUGAUUGCUAACUCCGAUGGAAAAAUAAUGAUAUGGGGAGGGUAUUCUAAAUCUUCUGUCAAGAAAGAGAUUGAGCGAGGUGUAACACACGCAGACAUGUUUUCGUUAACAAAUGAUAAAACAAAUGUCAAAGCUUACAAGUGGACACUCGUUAAACCUGGUGGCAAGAAACCUCCUCCAAGAAGUGGAAUGAGUGCUGCUGUUGCUGCUAAUGGGAAAGUAUAUACAUUUGGUGGUGUGAUGGAUACCGAAGAAGACGAAGAAGAUGUUCGUGGUCUCUUCAGCAACGACAUCCACAUGCUAGAUCCAACAUCAAACACAUGGAGGAAAUUAGAGCUGAAUAAAAAGUCGUCUACAAAAAAGCAAGAGCAAACGGAUGUAGAGAAAACAACCGUUGUACAUGACGACGGCGUUUUCACAAUGUCAAUUGGUGGUCCAUCUGGAGCGAGUUCCAAAGAUACGUCGAAUGAGUCUGAAACUAUCGACUUGGGAGGACCAUCACCGAGAAUGAAUUCAGGAACUAUUGUCUGCAAAGGCAAACUCUACGUUUACGGCGGUCUCUACGAAAGUGGAAGCAAACAAUUCACAUUAAGUGAUUUGUAUUCAUUGGAUCUACAUAAAUUAGAUCAAUGGAAAACGUUUAUAGCCAACAGUCUUACUGGUGAGGAAUGGGUUGGUUCAGAUAGUGAACAAAGCUCUUCGGACGAAGAUGAGGACGACACUGAUGAUGAUGAGGAUGAUGACGAUGAUGAUGAAGAAGAAGACUCAGAUGAUGAAAGUUCCAACAUGGAUACAGAUUAAAUAAAACUAUUUCAGAGUACA